AUGGAUGAGCAUGGAGGUGUUUGUAGUGAUAACAGACAACAACAAUUGCCUUGGAGUGUUAGGUUGAAGAUUACAAAAGAAGUUGCUAACGCUGUGACUUAUCUUCACACUGCGUUUCCGAGGAUCAUUGUACACAGAGAGAUAAAGCCGACCAAUGUGUUCUUGGACAAGAACUGGACAGCUAAGCUGUCUGAUUUCUCAUUCUCUAUAUCUCUCCGGCCUGAAGGUAAGUCAUGGAUUGAAGAUAAAGUGAUGGGAACAGCUGGAUUCAUUGAUCCGUCUUAUUUCUCUACGGGUAUAGUGUCUGGAUACACUGAUGUAUUCAGCUUUGGAAUCCUUUCGUUGGUUAUUCUGAGUGGUAGACCUGCUGUGUUCGCUGGAUCAUUCGGAUUUUCUGAAAGUAUUCAUGAUUAUAUGAGAGUUUUGCAUGAGAAAGGAGAGUUGUUCUUGGAACUCGGUGAUGAGUUUGGUGGAAAAUCGAUGUAUACAUUUCUUGAGAUGGCUUUGAGAUGCUGCGAGAAGAGGAAAGAAGACAGACCAAAGAUGAUUGAAGUGGCGAAAGAGAUUAAGCUGAUAGAGAAGUCACUAGAUGUUGCAUCAAGAAAGUAUAAAGACAAAGGUGGUAAGAAAGUUUACUUAGCCUAA